AUGCAAAUAGUUAAUGUCGUUUCACUUUGGGACCUUGGGAAAAAAGUUCGUUUAUUAAAAAGACUGAAGAAGUUUAAUGCCGAUGUCAUUAAAGAUGGAAGUAACUGUUUAUUGUUAUUUGAAUCUGGAAAGAUAAUUGCUACCGGUUUCAAAUCUUUCUAUGAAUCUAAACGGUUCGUUAAUUCAACUUAUCCAAGUGCAAAGUUCAUUAAAAUCAUUAAUAUGACUGCAGUUGCAACCAUCCGUGACAAAAUUGAUUUAUCUGUCUUAAGCUAUGAGCCUGAAAUUUAUCCUGCCCAUCUUUGGAAGAAAAACAAGCUCUGUGUUGUUUAUUAUGCCUCAGGUAAGUUGAUAAUUACCGGAGGUAGAUCACAUAGAGAUCUUCAUCAAGCAUACAAAGAAUUCAGAGAGGUGACAAGUAUAAAAAGAGAUGAGCAAAAGCAAAUUGAUCAUUGA